CUCCUGGCUCCUCCCCGUGAUCCCCACUUUUUAUCCAACAAGCAAUCAAUUUUACACAAACUGCACGAUUUACCUAUGAUUCUCCUGUUUAAAUACAACAAUGGCAUUUGCAACGAGAAGUUUGAGAAUUUUGUGCAAAAUUUACAGCGGCAGUGGUUCGACAACAUACUCAACACUAAGAAAACCUAUCACUAGAUUAACCUUCGUAAGAACAGCACACAAAUGUACUUAUUCAACGGAAAGCAAACGACCACAGAUUGCUGGAAGUUUAACAAACAUACAGUCAGCAGCGGGGUCAAUCAGCUCGUUGUCGGCUGGUACUACCGAUAAAUCCAAGCAACAGGAAUCCAGUCAGGAAGAUGCUGAGGAUCAAAAACAACGUGAACACCAAUGGAAGAUGAUGAAGUACAGCUUUAUAUUUUUUGGAGUGUCUAUGGGAAUAUUGAGUUCUGCAAUAGUCUACGAACUUGCAGCCCCAAAAUAUGAUGAGAAUGGAAAGCUUAUCGAAGAUGAGUUCUCUGGUAUGCCCUUAGCAAUUCAACUUUGCAAAAGGCUUUGGAAAGAAAUGAAUUAUUACAAAAAGUUUGUCCAAGAACCAAGCAGAGAUAAAUUGCUGCCAGAUCCACUGAAACACCCAUACAUGCAACCUCCGUAUACCUUAAUCCUAGAGAUGACAGAUGUUUUAGUACAUCCUGACUGGACGUAUCAAACUGGCUGGAGAUUCAAGAAGCGACCUGGUGUUGACCAGUUUCUUGAAUCAGUAGCUCCACCUCAAUUCGAGAUCGUCGUUUAUACUGCAGAGCAAGGGAUGACGGUUUUCCCGAUUCUCGAUUCCCUGGAUCCUCAAGGUUUUAUUAUGUACAGAUUAGUUAGAGACGCAACGCGUUUCAUCGAUGGCCACCAUGUGAAAGAUCUCGAUGCACUUAAUCGCGAUUUGAGCAAAGUUAUUGUGGUUGACUGGAAUGCCGAAAGUAUCAAAUUACAUCCGGAGAAUGCGUUAAAAAUUCCACGGUGGACCGGAAACGAUGACGAUACGACGCUCUUUGAUUUAGCUGCUUUCCUCAAGACGGUCCUCGCGAGCAACGUUGAAGACGUUCGAGACGUACUCAACUAUUACAGACAAUUCGAAAAUCCGCUCGAAGCAUUUAGGGAAAAUCAACGGAAACUCUUGCAACAAAUGCAAGAAGACGAAUCGCAGAAGUCGCAAAGAGAAGGAAACAAAGUUUUGACGUCAAAGUGGACACCAUCUUUCCUACGAAAUCGUUGAAAUCAUGAGGUGACACUUAAAAUGUUUGUAAAAUAAAGCGCAAUGUUAUGACUUUCUUGAA